CCGCCGCACCGCUCCUCACCUCGCCCCUGCGCACCGCCGCUCGCUCCUCUCCAUGGUCCUGUCUGUGACCAGCCAGCGGGCGCUCGCGGCGCUGCGCUGCCGUGCGAGCCGCGCCACGCCGCUCGCGCCGGCGCUGCGCACCCUCAGCUGCGGCCGCGCCGCCCGCUCGGCGGCGCCCGUCGCCGCCUCGCCGUCCGCCAGCCACUCUGUCGCGCCCGGCAUCGCGCCUCUCGAGCCCGGCCUCUCGCACGCAGCACCCGGCUCUGCGUACCUCGCCGCGCGCCAGCGUCAGGCCGACUGCCUCAUGCGCUGGAACUGGCUCGAGUCGCCCGAGCAGCGCCAGGCGCUCGCCGUGCCCUUCGCCCGCCGCGCCGACUGCCCGGCAUGGCUCGAGGAGGAGUACGAGACGGCGCGCUCCUACCGCUCCGCUCGCGCGCGUCUGUGGCUGCCGUCGUCUUCGGCCGCUGAGGACGCCACCGCGGCGGAGCAGACCGAGUACGUCGGCCGGCUGAAGGACACGUUCCGCCGCGUCGCAGAGCGGCAUCCCGCCAUGGACGGCGUCGCAUUCGACGAGCACGACGCAUGGCGUGCGCCGGGCCUGCAACAGACGCUCGACGAAGAGCUGAUGCAGCACUGGCGCGAGCUGUCUGGGGAGGAGCGCCAGGCAAGCAUCUUGCGGCUGCGCUUCGAGUGCAUCCGCCGUCUCGGCUGGCGCGCUGGCUACACUGCGGGAUACCCGCUUCGCCCCUACAGCUCCGCUGCCGUCCGUGAGGCGCGCAAGGUCCUCGUCAGCAAGACUGGCACAACCGAGAAGAGCGCCACGGCGCGUGAGGAGGCGCGCGAGCAGCUUGCUCAGGAAGACGAGGCAGCAGCGUGGAGAGCCUGGCAAGGCCUCUCCAUUGAUGCGCGUCUCGAAGAAGAGCGCGCCGCCUGGAGCCAGCGUGAUCGCUCUCGCCUCUGGAUCGACGACAGCUCGACUUCGCUGGUGCUCGGCGAGUCGGCGCCUCGCUGGUUCGCUCACGCACCGCGCGUGGGCAUCCCGACGCUUCUGCCGACCGAGACGGUGCGUCUCGUGCGCAACUUUGUGCCCAAGGGCGGCAAGGCCGACCCGUGGAAGGCCUCGUUCCGCCUGCCUCUCGACAUGUCGAAGCACGCUCUGGUCAACUACCUGCGCAGCAUCUACGGCCUGCACGUCACGUGGGUGCGGACGCAAGUCUACCGCUCGCAGAUCUCGCGCAGCCGCGUUGGCCGCGGCAAGACUGCCAAGGGCCAGCGCACGUGGAAGAAGGCCGAGGUCGGGCUGCUCGAGCCGUUCGUCUUCCCGGAGCUCACGCAGCAGUUCCGGCGGGAGAGCCUGAUGCAGGAGGAGAUGAAGCUCGAGAUGACACGCGUCUUCCUCAAGGCAACGGGCCACCGUCGCUGGCGCUCCGUGCGGCCAGCAGACCCGCUGCGCGUGGAUAUCGACGCUGCGGAGGCGCGGGCAGAGGCGGAGCGCCUGCAGGGUGGAGGAGCGGAUGCAGUGGUGCCCAGCCAAAAGCCUGCGGCCAACGCACGGCCAGCACUUCUGGUGCGCUCCGGCGGCAUCCAGACGAAGCGGCACAGCCGCAUCCUCAAGCUGCUCAACGAGCAGCGCAAGGAUCGCGACGCGCUCAUCGAGAAGAAGGCGCAGGAGCUCAGCAAGCAGGCGUAGAUGGCUCGGCGAGUCUGCAAUGCGACGUGUUCCCUGUGAUGGGCCGGGCUGCAUGCCU